GAGACUAUCUGACAUUCAAUAAUAGUUAGGCCAUGAAUGUCUUACAAACUCCUGGGCCAAUUGAUGGCCUGUUUUUUGCUCAAUUUCAUCCCACCAUAGGACCCAGAAUUGAGUAUAGGUAUCCUGAAUCAUGUAUUUCUGAUGAAAUUUUCGAUAAAUUUUCUAAUUUUAUAAUUCCCAAGCCUGAAGUUCAUGGCAAUGUUGUUACAGUCAACAGCUUAGGUAUAAAAAUCAAAGGUUAUCCUAAUAAGAUUGAGGACUCAAAGUAUGAACGCAAUGCUCUGUUAUUCAACUUGUGCCUGGUUUUCAAGCCUGAUGCUCGCACUUCUCCUUAUGAGCCACUGGUUCACAAGCUAUCUGAGUAUCUUCAUAGCCUGGAGACUGAAAAUAGCUUCCUGUCACAUGAGGGAAGUCGCAAGCAGCUGCCGCUCAUGCUGGAGCAGCUAUAUUAUCACUUGAAUGCAUAUGGUCGCUGCAUCCUCAAGCUGAAACUACUCCACCCGCUGCGGAUGUGUGCUGAGCUCUUGUCUCCAAGGCAAGAGACAACCCCUGUGGACAACAGCUCUGAUAGGAAGCUCACCCUCAACAGCAAUGCCAGCAACGACCGCAGAAGACGUGAGACGUUACCAGCAGCCCAGCACAUGCCUGAUCGCCGGGGCGGCAGUAGCGCUUGUGUUAGAAGUAGAGGAGGACUCUGCAAGGCUGGGGGUCCUGGGCCUGGUGAGAGCUGUGGAGGCCGCGGUUGUGCCAUGGACAGAGAUAUCGAGCAGCCAGAAGAAAUUGCAGUGCUCUACUUGAAGGUGGUGGAUGCUUGUGGUGCCCCUGUUGCUGUAGGGGAAGAGCAGGUUCCUGUCAUCGUCAAGCCUGACGUGCUGGCUGAGAUGCACACACUCGACCUCACUACCCAGCAGAUUUUGCCCUUCAUUGAUGGCGUGGAUCACGUCGCCAAGAUUGCCUCUCUAUCCAAUGUAGAGUUGGAUCUAGCAAAAAAAUGUGUCCAGAAUCUUGCCUUCUACGAGAUCGUCAAGCUGCUGCCCAUCUUCCAGUACUGCAAUAUUUAUAUCCACACCAACAAAAUGGAGACGUUCUACUGGAGCGCGGUGCUGCAGCAGAAGUGCAUUGAGUACGUCGUGGCUGACGUCACCAGAGACCCUCCAUCCUUACUUCUUAAAUUCGUUAGGUUCAACCGAAGUGUCACGGUGAAGCAGCUUUGCUUCAGCGAACUUCUGCUGGGCACUUCCACGACCAGUAACUCCAUGCCGUCCGAAUGUGACGCGCCUGCUCGCCUCCCACCCAACAUCGACAUGAGGCGCCUGGUCAACUUUGGUCUCAUGCACGGACUUCUUCGUAGGAUCCAAAAGUAUCCUAUCUACCAGCCCCAGCCUCCCUCCAAGAACGCGAGACGCGAGCGACGGGUAGAGAGCCUGAACAGCUUGUCGCUCUCUCUACGGCGCUACUGCGACGGCACUGCGUCGUACGAUCUCCUCUGCAGCAGGUUUGGGCUCUCGCAGCGAGAACUCGACCACAGACUUUCCCUGGACCGAGAUGUUAUUAUUUUGUGGAAGUAGAGACAAGUUUUGUGUUGUAAACUAUAUUCUAUUAGUGGAGCUAUGUACGGUAUUCAAGUUUAUUUCAUCUAGCUAAUUUUUCCUCAAAGACGUAGUGCGAUGAAGGCCUUGCACUGUCGAAAGAUUUUUUAUUAUGAAUCUUUCAAAGAUUUAUUUUUAUAACAAUUUAUUGUAUCAGCAAAAUCAUGUUCUUUAAGGAAAUUAUCUAUUACAUUGUAUGUUUUCUAUACUGAUAGAUGAUAUUCAGGACUGUUGGACUAUUGGAGCUGAAAUUUUUAGUUAUUUGUUUUUUUUUUCCAUCUCUUUGCCUGUAAAAUUUUCGUGUGUUUUUUAAUGUCAAACCCUACAUUGAGGUGUGAAUUUUAGGUAAGAAUUCGCCCUCCCACCCUAAAAAAAUAUAACUCUGCAGUGAGUAACAGAGAGCGCAUUUUCUCGU